CCCCCCCAAAAAAAAAAAAAUGAGGGACAGAACACAACAAAACCCUUCAUGUCUCCAGCACUACUACACUUCAUGUCUCGAGUCGAGCUCCCUAACCAAAAAAAAAACAGAAGCUCCUCUUCUGUAACAUCCAAAGGAUCCUCGUGAUGAAGAGCUCUUACUCUUCACGAGCUUCAUCGUCUUCUUCCCCAGAAUCCAAUUCCCAGGUUUUGAAUUCUCUCCCCUUCUCUUUAAAUACCCGUUUCUUCUCCUCCACCACCACCAUGCCCUCCAUUAACGACAACAUCAGUUCAACCAAUUUCUUCAUUUCCCCGAAAUGGAACCCAAAUCUUUCCUUUUCAACGCCAUUACCCUUCUGUCUCUUCUGUUCGGUUCCUGUCCUUCUUCCUCUGAAUUUACCUCCAAACAGACUUACAUCGUUCAGCUCCACCCCAAUGGCAAAACCGCCAAAACCUUCGCCACGAAAUUCGAUUGGCAUCUCUCCUUCGUUCAACAAAGUUCCGAAGAAGAUGACGACGAGCCGCCCUCUUCCCGGAUUCUCUACUCCUAUGGCUCAGCCGUCGAAGGUUUUGCAGCUCGGCUGUCUGAAACCGAGGCCGACGUGUUGAGAAACUUACCUGACGUCCUUGCCGUAAGGCCAGACCGUGUUCUCCGGGUUCAGACCACUUAUUCUUACAAGCUUGGAAACACAGGUCUGUGCUCAACGCCGCAGCUCGGUCGAGGAACCAUCAUCGGAGUCCUCGACACCGGAGUUUGGCCAGAGAGUCCGAGCUUCGAUGAUCACGGAAUGCCACCUGUCCCCAGUAAGUGGCAAGGGAUUUGCCAAGAAGGGCAGAGCUUCAAUUCCUCGAGCUGUAACCGGAAACUCAUCGGCGCCCGGUUCUUCAUCAGAGGCCAUCGUGUGGCGGCCAGUUCGCCGCCGGAGGGAGCCUCAGUUCAGAUGGCGAGCUUGCUCGGCAAUGGAGCCGGCACGGCUCGUGGGAUGGCUCCUGAGGCUCACAUUGCAAUGUACAAGGUCUGCUGGUUCAAUGGAUGCUACAGCUCUGACAUACUCGCCGCCAUUGACGUCGCCAUUCAAGAUCGAGUAGAUGUCCUUUCACUCUCCCUAGGUGGCUUCCCUAUACCUCUCUACGAUGACACCAUCGCCAUUGGAAGCUUCCGAGCAGUGGAACGCGGGAUUUCCGUGAUCUGUGCAGCAGGAAACAACGGUCCAAUCCCGAGCUCUGUUGCAAACACAGCUCCAUGGAUAUCUACCAUCGGUGCAGGCACACUCGACAGGAGAUUCCCGGCUGUAGUCCGUUUAGCCGACGGAAAGCUUCUCUACGGAGAAUCAAUCUACCCGGGGAAAGGUAUAAAGAACGUCGAGAGAGAGCUCGACCUGGUUUACAUCACAGGAGGAGAGAAAGGCGGUGAAUUCUGCUUAAGAGGGUCGCUCCCGAGAGAGAAAGUCCAUGGAAAGAUGGUGAUUUGUGACCGUGGCAUCAACGGAAGAUCUGAGAAAGGAGAAGCGGUGAGGGAAGCCGGUGGUGCUGCAAUGAUCUUAGCCAACACAGAGAUAAACGGGGAAGAGGAUUCUGUUGAUGCCCAUGUCUUGCCAGCCACUUUGAUCGGAUAUGCCGAAUCAGUUCUUGUAAAAGCUUAUCUUAACACCACAGCAAGACCGAGGGCUCGGAUAAUUUUCGGAGGGACGGUGAUUGGGAGAUCGCGGGCACCAGGAGUGGCUCAGUUUUCGGCUCGGGGCCCGAGUUUAGCCAACCCUUCAAUCCUCAAACCCGAUCUCAUAGCCCCCGGAGUCAACAUAAUCGCCGCCUGGCCUCAGAACCUGGGACCAACGGGACUUCGAGAAGACUCGAGAAGAGUUAACUUCACUGUCAUGUCCGGAACUUCCAUGUCCUGUCCCCACGUCAGUGGAAUAACAGCUCUUCUCCGGUCUAUCUACCCAACUUGGUCACCAGCCGCCAUUAGGUCUGCAAUGAUGACAACCGCAGAUACAUGCGAUCAACGAGGGAAGCCAAUAAUGGAUGGGAACAAAAAAGCCGGCUUGUUCGCCAUUGGAGCAGGGCAUGUGAACCCGAUAAAGGCGAUGAACCCGGGAUUGGUGUACAACAUCAGGACAGAGGAUUACAUUACUUACCUCUGCAGUCUCAGUUACACAACCUCAGAAAUCCUUACAAUCACCCACAAAAACGUGAGCUGCAGCGAAAAACUGAAGAGAAACCCGGGUUUCAGCCUAAACUACCCAUCUAUUUCCGUGAUCUUCAAGCGCGGAGAGACAAUGCAGAUGAUCACGAGGCAUGUGACCAACGUUGGGAGCCCUAACUCCAUAUACUCGGUAGAAGUAAAGGUCCCGAAGGGAUUUAAAGUGAUUGUGAAGCCUAAGAGACUUGCCUUCAAACGGAAGUUCGAAACUUUGAGCUACAGAGCAUGGUUUAUAUCGAAGAAGAUGAUCGGGAAAAAGCGGGUUACCUUUGGGCAGGGGGAUUUGACAUGGGUGAACUCUCGGAAUCGGGGUCAGCGAGUCAGAAGCCCCAUCUCCAUCACCUAGAAAGAACAAGUAACGAAAGAAGGGACCAUAAGAGAAGUACUCAACAACUAUGUUGGUUUCAAGAGUUUGUGUUAGAAUUAGGAUGUCGGGUUUUCACUUGGAAAACCUCUGGAUUAUUAGCAACAAGAGGACGCUACAUUGAGUAGCUACAGAAGUUGAUUAGUUAUCUUCUACUAGAUUAACUGAAAUCAUCGAUAACUCCAUCUUAUGAUUCAACCCAUCAACAAAUUCUAAACCAACUUCCAGAUGUUUA